CUGGACCUUUGCCAGUGAAUUAUAAAUGGAAUAAACAUGAACAAACCGAAACACUGUUAUAUGUUAAUGAUGAUGAAGUUCCCGUUGAACUGUUUCAUUUUACCAAUAACGAAAUGUCAAUUAACAAAGAAAAAAACAGUAAAUUGUUAACGUUAGACAACUUUAAACAGCGGGCAUUGAUGAUUAUGAUGGAUGGUGUGCUGGAAAAAAAAUGGGAAGAUGAGUUAAAAAAAGAUGUGCCUAAACCUCAAUGCAUGGUAGUGUAAAUUUAUACUAAAUUGUAUAGUGUAUUAAUCAUUUUCGUUUAUAGUUGAAUAAAAAUCCUGAGGAAUUCACAGCUGAAGAUUUUAAGGCUAUAGAUAACUAUGAAAAACUAACCUUGACUUUGAACGAUGAAAGAAUAAAAUACAAAAAUAUUCUUGAAGAAGAAAAGAUAAAUAUAUACCAUCAUAUCGAAGAGAUUAUUACUGAAUUCGAUAACAAUGUAUUUAAGCUAUUUCAAAUGAGGUUGAAGUAUAAUUCAGCUAUCGAACAGGAGCACUUAAAAAUACUUAGGCUUUCAAAAAUGUUAAGUGAUAGUGAUCAACGAAAACAGAAAAUUAAAGGAUACAAGUAUGAAAAAUUUUAAUUUGUAUGACAUUUUAUGACAUUUUCAAAAUUAUGUUUUAAGUGAAAUCAUGUUGAAGUUAGAAGAAGCUAUCGUGGAGAUUGAAGAAAUUAUUGAGGAAACGAAUAAAAAAGUAUCAAAAACCGAGCCAAAUUCUUUGUUUAGUAUUAUAGAAACAUUGAAUUAUAAAAACAACAAUCUUAAUAAACGUUUUAAAUCUGAGUUUCCAUCUAAGCUCAAAUUCAAACGAGCAUUAAUUGCCUACAAUCGGAGACCUAAAAUGCACGUAAAUAAAAAUUAUUCGUCAUUACUCGGUUACCAGUUUGUCGACACAAUUAUGAAUCCAACAGAUGAUAAACUACAUAUUUUGACCGCAGAGUUUGUUAAAUACUUAGAUACACUCAAUAUGUAUGAUGAUUAUAAAUAUGUAGAAGAUUAUAAUCUGAAAAUGAGCAGAGAAACUUGGCAUAAAGUUUGCAAUUUUAGACGUAUGCAAAUUGAAUAUGAAUUUAAUAUCAGUACUUGUCAAAAAGACGCAACAGAGAACGAUUAUUUAUUAGAAAGCUUAAAGUACAUUAAAGAAAAAAAGGAAGCUAUGAUUGAGGAAUUAAAGAUAUCUGAAAAUAGACUUGAACAUCAAGAUUUAUACUAUGAAGUUGAUCCCGAGAUUCAAUUAGUAGUAAAACAUGGAAACGUUGAAACUGUUCUAACAGGAAACUUCAGUGAUUUUAAAAAUACGUCACUUAUUUCUAAAAAUGCUAUAGAUGAAGUAAACGCAGAAAUUAAAGUAUGCUAUUAA